AUUUUUGCUAUCAAGAAACUUCGUUGUUAUCUCGAAGCCACCGAGUUUACUGUCAUAACUGACCACUCGAGUUUGAUUUGGCUUCAAGGUAUCAAGGACCCACGUGGCAGGCUCGCUCGUUGGGCUUUAGAAUUAUCCGCGAACCGCGUGAAAAUCGAGCACCGUAAAGGUACUAUGAAGGAGUUUCUACAACAACUUUCUUUAGAUCGACACAAACAAAAUGCACUGUCAAAAUGAUGCGCGCGCACAAACUAAAUAUCAUCGUUUCGCGUUCCGAUGUUUCUAUGAUUCUCUAUGAAUAUAUACACUGUGGGAUUAAAAUAUGCAAUUGUUCACUGCGUUCAUUGGUGUAGUGUAAACAAUAAUUUGUAAACAAUAAUUUGUGACAAUAAUUUGUAAACAAUAAUUUGUAUUUUCCUUUGAGAUUCCUUUUUUUCAUUGACUCCUUGGGUGAUUACAAUGUCAAGAGAGGAGAGUCCCAAUAUUGAUUUGAAUUAUGAAUUAAUUCGUUUGGUCGAAAUGCACCCAAAUUUAUAUGACCCAAAACGAAAGGACUACAGAGACUUAAGUAAAAGGAGCGAAUCUUGGAGUGUUAUUACAAUUAAUUUUAAUAGAAAUACAGGCUCUAAAGCGACUGUAAGUCAUAUAAUUAAUCAGUGGAAGCAAUUAAAAAGUCAGUGCAAAAAAUAUGUAGAGGAACUAAAAAAAUAUGUACCUUCUGGAUCGGAACAACAGCCAGAGAAGGAACAGUGGCUGUAUUACACAGAAAUGGCAUUCAUGGCAGAUAAAUUUGCACACAGAGAAACUGAAACUAACUUUGAAGAGGUUGCGGACCCAGAUGUUGAUAUUGAUAAAGACUACUCAUUGGACCAAUUGUCAGGCCAAGAGAUUGGACUUGGAAUUACUAAUGCAAAUAAAGCAACUUCGUCAAAUAAUGAACUCGCUAAUGAAUAUUUAAAAGUAAUCUUAGACGCCUGGUCGAAAGUACCUGAGAACCAAAGGAACAAAUGCUUCAUACAGUUAAAAAAAUUAAUUGAUCAAGAAAAAACAAAAUAG